CUAGUUCAUCCUUUGGUACAAGUUCCAAAUCAAUUGGUGGGUGCUCCCGUCCUGACAGAUGUCACUUUAAUUUGCAAUGUGGAAGCAUCACCAAAAGCCAUCAAUUAUUGGCAAAGGGAAAAUGGUGAAAUGAUUAUCGCGGGAGAUCGUUACGUUUUAACGGAAAAAGAAAUCAAUAUGUAUGCUGUCGAAAUGGUUUUACAUAUCAAACGUUUGCAGACAAGCGAUUUUGGUGGUUAUAAAUGUAUAUCGAAAAAUAGUAUUGGGGAUACGGAGGGUACAAUACGUUUAUAUGAAAUGGAACGACCGGGCAAGAAAAUUUUAAGAGAAGAAGACAUGAAUGAAGUAACGAAAAACGAAAUCGUACUCAAAGAAAAUCGUCACGAAGAUAGUGCUCGCAAUCAAAAUGGUCGCUUAUAUAAAGAACGUGGCUCGGAUGCCAAUCUCUAUAAUAAUAGUAAUACAGGGAAUAGAACGAUAAAACCACCAUCUAUUACAAUAUUAAUUACAUUACUAUUAAUGUCAAUAUUAUUAUUGGCCUCGACACGAACACUCAACGACAACAACAAUUACAAUAAUCAUCAACACCAUAAUCACGUUGAUGAUAUACGGCUAUUAAAACUAUUAAAAUUUGACAUAAACGGAUUAUAGCUCAAUUAAAAUGUAAUUAAUCAUAAUAAGUGAAAAACAAGACACAGACAACCAACCAACCAACAAUAAUAAUACUAAAAAUAAACAAUAAAUAAAAUUAGGAACAUGAUAAAUUAAUUAAACAAAUAAUAUUGAAGUGGACAAAAACCUAAAC